AUGGAAUGGAGAAUGAACGGUGAUCAAGCAGGUUCUAUUGUGAAUACCAGAAUGCAUUUGAAUGUUCAAUAUCUUGAGCAGAAAAAGUGCGGAGACAUAAGCUUUUUUAAAACUGUGGCAGUUUUCAAAUGGUAUGGAAUGCCACUUCAUCUUGACGUUUGUCACCCAUCUAUAGAAUGUAAUAGAAAUAUUUCCAAAUUUGUAACGUACUAUGCUAGAUACCCUGUUUUUACGAUCUGUAAAAAGAAUUCGACGACUUGCUUGGCUGUGGCAAAGGGUUAUUACGAAGAUGUGAUUGCACAAAAUAUAAGGGAAACUAAUAUUUCGUCUGACAUGUUUUGGCAAUAUAGUUCAAGUGGAUAUAUAAGGAACACUCGAAGCUUCUCUCUUGGCAUUGACUUGGGUGUUGGCAUGUGCGUGUCCUACGUGAAAAACAACGUUCUUCGUGAAACAGUUCCAGCAUAUAAGCUCAUAAACAGUAGAAAGUUUACAGAGUCUGGAUCGUCUUUGUUGUGGAAAAUAAAUAAUUUUGAAGAUAAAAUUCUUAUAAACAAGGAAGCUGACUUGACAGUUGUUAUAAACGAUAAUUCUUCUUUCCCCGUGCUGGCUGUUCACGGCAUAGGCGUAGAUGGUGCCAACAUAACCAAAGUGGAAAGUAUGCUGGACUCAAAUGCAUGCUACAAACAAAUCAUUAAAUACGAAAAAUAUUAUCUCAACCUACCCCAAUACUCAUCAAUUGAUGUAGGUUUUAAUGACAAUGGGACGUAUAAAUGUUUGACAUUGGAGGAAAAUCGUUUUGAAGUUAAAACCAGGACCAAUAAUGAAAAUCAGUUAUUCACCAUGAACAAACAUACAAUUUUGGUCUCAAAAUUAAAUGGAAUUGGUAUUGAUAUAACAAAUGAGACUAACAGAGUUUGUACAAAGAUCUUAGGAAAUAAUGAAAACAACACAGACAAUACAAGUUUUCUUUUCUUCCCGAUUGCUCCUUCUCCAUACGUACCUAGAAAGAAAGGGAAUAUGUGGGAGUAUAUUGGUUAUAGAAAUAAUCAGCAUCUGGUCAACGGACAAUUGAUGGUUCGUAUACACUUUGUGAAGUUUCAGAACUGUCCGGGUUACAUUAACGACGUGUGGUAUGCGAUGGCCAAGUAUGGACGUAGACUGGAUGGUGCAGCUUCUUGGGACUGUGGUGUAAGAGCGUGUGGCUUACUUGGAGCUACUUUGGUCAUAGUUGAUACUCAGGAGUUUUUGAAUCGGCUGGCCCAGCGUAUACAAACGUCCGUUACAAUCGGUCAAGUAGUGUUUUAUACUUACUUAAAUUUCGUGUCUCCAUUGUAA